UAAACCAUAAUUGAAAAGCUUGGCCUUUUGGGUUUCAGCAGUGGAGUGUGGUGUGUGUGAGAGAGAGAGAGUCAUCAAUGGAGUCUCUGAUUCUGAAACUCCAUGGGAUAGAAGCAGUGAAAUUCCACAAUUUCAAACUCAAAUCAGGGAUAUCUUCUCCAAUGUACAUAGACCUUCGCCUUAUCGUUUCCUACCCAUCUCUCCUCCGCCAAAUCUCUCAACUCCUCGUCUCCUCCAUCCCUUCCACCACUACCUUCGACCUCAUCUGCGGAGCCCCUUACACCGCUCUUCCCAUCGCCACCAGCAUUUCCAUCUCCAACGACAUCCCCAUGCUGAUGCGACGCAAAGAGAUCAAAGACUACGGUACUGGGAAAGCCAUUGAAGGCGUUUUCGAAGAAAGCCAAACCUGUCUCAUCGUUGAUGAUCUCGUCACUAGUGGAGCAUCGGUUCUUGAGACAGCUUUGCCUCUCAGGGCUCUAGGGUUGAAGGUAACGGAUGCUGUUGUUCUCAUCGAUCGAGAGCAAGGGGGGAGAGAGAACCUCGCUGACAAUGGGAUUCAAUUGCAUUCCAUGAUUAAGAUUACUGAAUUGAUUGAUAUUCUGAGAAAGAAUGGACGGGUUUCUGAGGAGAUGGAGAAGAUGGUUAAAUCUUUCUUAAAACAGAAUCGAAGGGUCUCUCUGCCGCUGCCGGCGCUGGCACCCAAGAAUUUUAGGUUUACGUAUUCGGUAAGAGCGAAAAUGGCGAAGAAUCCCAUGGGGAAGAAGCUUUUUGAGGUGAUGGAUGCGAAACAGAGCAAUUUAUGCUUGGCUGCUGAUGUUUCAACUGCUGCACAGUUGCUCGCCCUUGCCGACAAGGUUGGACCAGAGAUCUGCUUAUUGAAAACCCAUGUGGAUAUAUUGCCUGAUUUUACUCCAAAUUUUGGUUCUCAGCUUCGUUCUCUUGCAGAAAAGCACAACUUCUUAAUAUUUGAAGAUCGUAAGUUUGCCGAUAUUGGAAACACUGUAUCUAUGCAAUACGAAGGAGGUGUUUAUCAUAUACUGGAAUGGGCGGAUAUAGUUAAUGCUCACAUAAUAUCCGGUCCUGGAAUCGUUGAUGGUCUGAAACAAAAGGGUUUGCCUCGUGGUAGGGGCAUGCUACUGCUUGCAGAAAUGAGCUCAUCUGGCAAUCUUGCCAAGGGAGACUACACAACUGCGGCAGUAAAAAUUGCGAAUGAUCACUCAGAUUUUGUAAUUGGCUUCAUCUCUGUCAAUCCAGCAUCAUGGCGAGGGGGACCUGUAAAUCCAGCAUUUAUCCAUUUGACCCCUGGUGUUCAAAUGGUUACCGGAGGUGAUGCACUGGGCCAGCAGUAUAAUACUCCUUAUUCUGUCAUCUAUGAUAGAGGAAGUGACAUCUUAAUUGUUGGCCGGGGAAUUAUUAAGGCAGCUAACCCAGCUGAGGCUGCUAGAGAAUACCGUCUUCAAGGAUGGAAUGCAUACAGAGCAAGAUGCACAUAAAAAUCUGUUGUAACUGGUGAUUUCUCAAUGUGUUCCCAGAGCUGGCAUAUGAUAAAAGCCUAAUCUUUCUGUGAUAUUUUCUUUGUUUUUCCUCUCUUACUCAGUUGAUAGGAGUCCUAGUAUAUUCAGAACGCUUUUUUUUUUGGGUAAUUUUAUAUUUUGAUUUAGUUGGAUAUGGUGGGUUACACAGGUAUGAUGUGGAAGGGACUCAAAUGUGAAUGUGGAUUAUCGGAUAGGAAUACAGUGCAUAGACAAGAUGGGUUAUUGGAUAAGAAAAGUUGUAUACUUCAAAUAAAAUCUCAUUUGGGCAAAGGAGGAUUCUUCCUCCCAAGUGGGUCGAAGUUAGUUUGUGUUUA